AUGUUUACCGGAAUCGUCGAGACACUAGGCACCGUCUCGGAGCUCCUGCCCCAAGAUGCCACCUCCGGCGGCGGCACCACAAUGACAAUCUCCGACUGCUCAGAAAUCCUCACCGACUGCAACAACGGCGACUCCAUCUCCGUAAACGGCACCUGCCUCACCGUAACCUCCUUCACAUCAUCCUCGUUCAAAAUCGGCGCCGCCCCAGAAACCCUGCGUCGCACGAACCUAGGCGACCUCAAGCAAGGCAGCAAAGUCAAUCUCGAACGUGCAGUCAGCGCACACACGAGAAUGGGUGGACAUUUUGUGCAAGGACAUGUGGAUACUAUUGCCGAGAUUGUGGCUGUUACUCCUGAUAAUGAGGCCAAGGUCUUUCGUCUGAGUCCGAGGGAUAAGAGUGUGUUGAGGUAUAUUGUCGAGAAGGGAUACGUCACAUUGGAUGGUGCGAGUUUGACAAUCACGGCUGUGGAUGACGAGGCUGGUUGGUUUGAGAUUAUGAUGAUUGAUUACACGCAGAGCAAGGUUGUCAUGGGAAAGAAGGAAAAGGGCGAUACUGUCAAUAUCGAGGUGGACUGUGUGGGCAAGUAUGUUGAGAAGAGUGUCAUUGGAUACUUUGAGGGCAAGGCUGGUGGUGAGCCUGCUAUUUUGGAGAAGAUUGUUGCCAGAAUCGUAGACGAGAAGCUGAGCAAGCAGUCUUAG